CCCACACGAUAAUCACUCGGGGGACUAUAAACGUAUAGUCUAUCUGUAGUCGGAAAACUUCUCGAUCGAAAUAAAAAUAUCUUCAUCGUCCUUCUAGGGUUUACUCAAAGCUCUUUCCUGCUCCCAGUAACCAUGAGUCACCAUCCGGAAGUGAAGUGGGCAGAGAGAGAGGAUAAGGUUUACUUGACAGUGCUAUUGGCUGAUGCUAAGGAUGCGGAUGUUAAGCUUGAUCCGGAGGGUGUUUUUGAGUUCUCUGCCAAAGCUGGACCGGAGAACCAGGUUUAUGAGCUUAAGCUCGAGCUUAAUGAUAAGGUCAAUGUAGAGGAAAGCAAAAUCAACAUUGGAUUGAGGAGCAUAUUCUGCAUCGUGGAGAAAGCAGAGCCGAGAUGGUGGAGUAAGCUGUUGCGUGGAGGGAAACCUCCUCACUAUGUUAAAGUUGAUUGGGACAAGUGGGUUGAUGAGGAUGAAGAUCCCGCCACUGGUCCUGGAGAUAUGGAUAUGGGCGGAAUGGGUGGAAUGGGCGGGAUGGAUUUCUCGAACUUUGGUGGAAUGGGAGGUAUGGGUGGAAUGGGCGGUAUGGGAGGUCUCGAGGGGCUUGGUGGUAUGGGUGGAAUGGCCGGGCUUGAAGGGCUCGGUGGGAUGGGCGGUCUUGGUGGAAUGGGAGGGCCUGGUGGAAUGGGUGGUAUGGAAGAAUUUGAAGAUAGUGAUGAUGAAGGAGAAGAAGUCAAGUCUGGAGAGAAAAAGGAGGAAGCUCAAGCCCCUGCAACAGAGGAGGCAAAAACCGAAGAGCAAACAACUGUCAAGAGUGACAAAUGAAGACACUAUCCUGGAACCUGGCUAACCAAGAGUUGUUUAUGCGUUUAUGAAAACCGCUUGUUGGUUUUUGUUUGUUUUAAAUCUUUUCCCUCUGCUUAUUUUUACUUGUUGGAUUGUUGAAUUCCCGAUUCGGGUCUUAUAUGGUUUGCUCUUCUUAUAGCAGUAUCAUUGUUAUUGUUGUUGUUGAACUUGGAAUAUUUUUGUUGCUUGUAGUGAGUGACUUAAAAGAGUUUGCGAGAAGAAGCUCUUUAUAAUA